AUGGCCGCUCUCGUAUCGUCUCGCCAGAACCCAGCGCCAGUCCAGCAAUUGACACCCCCAAGUAGCUCCCACGGAGGGGCCUCGUGGGAUCUCGCUGUGCCUCUAAACAAUUCGAGAGCGUCCUACGAUCAAGAGCCUUACAUGUCUGAAUACGUCACGUCCGCGCACUCCCCCCGCCAGCCCCUCACAUCGCAAGCCAAUGGCUUCGCAAAACCUGUUCGCUCAACGACUUGGGAAUCGCAGGAUGCAUACCAUGAGAACAGUCAGCCAUAUCUCGUCCCAGACCGCGUCAAUGAGCUGCACAAGAAGCCCAGUGGGGACAUGAGCGCGAGCAACAGUGAACAAGAUAGUGUCUUGGAGUACUACAAGAGUCAUGCCAACAAUAAAAAAGGACCGUCGGGCCCCGCAAAGGCAAAGGGUAAGAAGAAGCCUACCAAGGCCGGUGCAGUAGAUCCAAACUGGGCUGCACUCGAGUACGACCAAAACAAUUGGAUACACCGAGAUAAGCUCAAAGAGAUCGAAACCAAGGAACUAGAGGAGGCAGGGUUUAGGGUCGGACGCAGCAGUAGAUCCAACAGCCGUUCGCAGAGUGCUACCCGAAGGUCACGAGAUCGCACGAAUUCGGAGAUGACUGAGUUCUCGCAAAAUGAAGAAGGCCACUAUGAGCCUCGAAAAGUCAUUUCUCCCAUACCAGCUGAAGACGAAGAGGCCGUGGAGGAUUUCCGCGCUUGGAGUGCUAGGGCUCAGGAAGAAGGCGCACCAGAGCUUGAGCCCAACUCGACACGAAUGAACCACUCUGUGAGACCGAGCACUUCUCGCAUACCUCUGCCCAAGACUAGUGGUAUACCUGUACCGUCUUCGGUGGCAGAUCGCGAUGCGCCACUGCCGAGGUCUAGAACAGGCAGUGCAAACUGGAGCGGCGACGCUAUAGCUACCAAUGGUGCGCGGAUACGGAGCGGCAGCGUGGGGAGUCAGGCUUUGCUCGACGAUGUAGAGGAUGGGCGCCAGACAACCCCACCUUACGGCCAUACUCGCAACAUUUCUUCAACCGGCAGUGUGACACCGCCAAAGUCCCCUCAGAAAUAUCCGGUCAAGGCCAAAACUCUGGGCAAGCCGAACCCCGCCUCUGGAGCACGAAAGACCAGCGUCCGGAAGACGCAGCCAAAGAGUCGAAAUACUUCGGGCACCUCGCCUCCAAAGCGCCCUGGUACCAGUGGUGGAUCUGUGUCUCGUCCUACUACCAGUCAUCGACCAGAAGGUGACGCUCCGUGGCUUGCAACAAUGUACAAACCAGACCCACGUCUACCUCCAGAUCAGCAAAUCAUUCCUACGCAUGCGAAACGAAUGAAGCAAGAGCAAUGGGAGAACGAGGGCAGAGUAGGCUCCAUGUACGACAAGCAAUUCCGGUUGCUGAAUGACGAGCCGCCCAACAAGCGUCUUUCGCAAAUACAGCCCGUCGAUAUUGAAAGCGCACAACAGAACGAAACAUGGCCACUACCCAGUCCGACGGCGCAACAAUCGCCUCUCGAGAAGAUUGACCGGAAUCUUGCUAAAUCACCAACCACUGAGCAGGGAGGCUAUAAGCUCACCCCAACGAUUCCCCAAGGCGCUCGUGCUCUCUCGCCGAAGCUAGCGCCGCCUAUUACGGCCCCUCAACCGAAGCCUACCACCACUCGGCUACCCGAGUCCAAGGAAGAGGAGGAGGCUAAGGAGAAGAAGGGCUGUGGCUGCAUUGUCAUGUAG